AUGUGUAUCCCCUUGUCUACUCGCUUGGGAAUCGCCCACGAGUCCGCGGACGCGCUCGCCUACCUUCACUCAUCGACUUCGACGCCGAUCCUCCACGGGGAUGUCAAGUCCUCUAACAUUCUUCUUGACACGGACCACCAAGCUAAAGUGUUUGACUUUGGCGCCUCCAUCCUGGCACCAACUGAUAAGUCACAAUUCAUCACACUUGUACAUGGAACAUGCGGGUACCUUGACCCGAAGUACAUGCAAACCAACCUGCUGACGGACAAGAGCGACGUGUACAGCUUUGGGGUUGUUUUGUUGGAACUACUCACGGCCAAAUUGCCAUUUAAUUUCAAUCCGGAUGUCCCUGCCCACGAGAAGAGCCUAUCGAUGAUGUUUAUGUAUGCCAUGAAGGAGAAUAAGCUCGACCAGAUCUUGGAUAUUGAGAUCAAGGAUGGGGAUAACACAGAGAUUAUUAAAGAGAUCGCGGAGCUAGCGGUGCGAUGCUUAGAGAUGUGUGGUGACAAUAGGCAAUCCAUGAAGGAAGUUGCGGAGAAGCUUGAUAGUCUGAGGAAGGUGAUGCAACAUCCAUGGGUACAGCGGAACCCUGAAGAGACGGAAUGCCUACUUGGGGAGGCCUCAUCAAUGGCCAGCUCGACAAUAACUAGUGUUGCAUAUUUCAGCAUCGAGAAGAAAGUUGUUAACGAUCUGCAGUCUGGUCGUUAA